AUGAUUAGCAAUGCAUUUUCAUCCAAAAGACUAGCCUCAAGCUUACUCUCCCAAUCCAAUCGGCCGGCCCGGACUCACAGGGACUCACGCGAACAGCGUCUCAAUAUCUCAUCAGGAAAUACACCCUUAAGCACAACCACCAUGACCCUAGACAUCUUGAGCUUCAUCGACAGCAAAGGUGGGAACGCGAAGGAGAUUCGGGAGUCGCAACGGAAGAGGGGGCACUCGGUCGAGUUGGUGGAUGAGAUUAUCCAGAUGUAUGCAGAUUGGGUGAAGAUGGAUUAUGACAUGAACACGCUCAGAAAACAAGUGAACGAUGUGCAGAAGCAGAUAUCGGCAAAGAAAAAGGCCAAAGAACCUGCAGACGACUUGGUAGCAGCCAAGAAGGAGAUCGAUGCGCAGGUAGAGGCAAAGAAGAAAGAGGCGAAAGAAUUUGAGGCCACGAUGAGGCAGAAAGCUAGCGGGGUCGGUAACCUCGUCGGGAAGAAUGUCCCCGUUAGUCUGACGGAGGACGAUAAUGCUACGCUACGAACUUGGGACCCAACAGGAGAACUCGCCGAUCCUCCUGUUAGAGUUGGCAUCAUGCCUCAUCAUGAGAUACUCCUGCGGCUAGAUGCCAUGGAUUUGGAUCGCGGCGCGAAAGUUGCUGGCCACAGGGGUUACUACCUCACAAACGACGGUGUCGAUUUAAAUCAAGCUCUUAUCUCGUAUGGCCUCGACUUCUUGAGGAAACAAGGGUACAAGAAGAUCCAGCCUCCAUUCUUCAUGAACAAGGAACAGAUGGGAAAAACAGCGCAGCUGGAACAAUUCGACGAGGAGCUUUACAAGGUGAUUGCCUCAGAAGAUGAAAAGUACCUGAUCGCGACUUCGGAACAGCCCAUCUCGUGUUUCCACUCGGAUGAAUGGUUCGAGAGCCCCGACAACCAACUGCCUAUCAAAUACGCGGGCUACUCAACUUGCUUCCGCAAGGAGGCGGGCUCGGCCGGACGCGACAUGUGGGGUAUCUUCCGGGUGCACCAAUUCGAAAAGGUGGAGCAGUUCGUGAUCACCGAUCCAGAGAAGAGCUGGGAGAUGUUCGACACGAUGAUUGGGAACAGCGAGGCAUUUUAUCAGAGCCUCGGUCUCCGGUAUCGCGUGGUGGCGAUCGUCUCAGGAGCCUUGAAUUUAGCUGCUGCGCAGAAAUAUGAUCUAGAGGCGUGGUUCCCAUUCCAGCGAGCAUACAAGGAGCUUGUGUCAUGCUCGAAUUGCACAGAUUAUCAGAGUCGGAGACUGGAGAUUCGGUGUGGUUUAAAGCAGAAAGACCAGACGAGGAAGGUUUAUGUGCACAUGCUGAACGGUACCCUGUGCGCCACAGAGCGAGCGCUUUGCUGUCUUGUCGAGAAUUACCAGACCCCUGAGGGGCUUGUUAUUCCGGAAGUCCUAAGACCAUACAUGCAAGGACGAGACUUCCUGCCAUUCGUCAAGGAGCUGCCCAAGGGUUUACAGAAGAAACAAGCAUAG